GAAGUCAUUGAACAGCGGCAGGAAAAGACCCAUGCAGCGCUGGGACUGGCAGCAUACCUGGCUUACAGGAGUAGCUAUUGGGCUUGGCUGGUAGAUGAACUGCUCAUUUAUUAAAGCCAGGAUGGCUGCUACAGAAGGGAAGCCUGUCAGCAGUUCAGCCGGUAUCCUUGCAGACUCCCCAGACUCCAGCGUCCUGGGAGAGCCACAGACCCUGCCCCCCGUGGACCACGCCUCCUUCCUGGAGAGCGGGGAGGACUUUGAGAUGCUGGACCAGGAGGAGGACGAUGAUGACGAUGACGUCAGUGACCUUCCUCCUUUGGAAGACGCCGGAAACAAGGAGAAGGAAGAGAAGCCGGAUGAGACCGGGAGCUCCAGGAGCCGGGACACCCAGAGCGGUGACCCCGACCGGGGCAGAGAGAGGGCAGAGGAGUGGCUGGAAGUGCUAGGGAACGGGAUGCUGAAGAUGAAAACCUUGGUCGCAGGCAAGGGAGAGGACACCCGUCCCAAGAAAGGACAAGAUGUCAGAGUGCACCUGAGGACCAUGCUGGAAGACGGGACCACGGUGGAGGAGGAGCCAAGCCUCUCUUUCACAUUGGGGGACGGUGAUGUCAUCCAGGCCCUGGAUAUCUGUGUGCAUUUAAUGGAGCUGGAAGAGAAAGCCCUCAUCUACACUGACUCAAAAUACGCUUACGCAAGCCUGGGGUGUCCCAGCCUCGCCGUUCCCCCGAACGCCAGCCUGUCCCUGGAGGUGCAGCUGCUGGAGGUGAAGCCCGCUCCCGACCUGGAGCUCCUACUCCCCCGGGAGAAGAUGGAGCUGGCCAGCAGGAAGAGGGAGCGGGGCAACGUGUAUUACCAGCGGGGCGAGUUCGUCUACGCCAUCACCUCCUAUGGCAUUGCCUUGCAGGUGGCAGAGUCCAGCUCCAAAGUGGACAGCACACUGGACGAGGACGCAGCGCUCCUGGAUGUCAAGGUGAAGUGUCUGAACAACAUGGCCGCGGCCCAGAUGAAGCUGGAGCACUACGAGGCGGCUCUGAAGUCCUGCACCAGCGUCCUGGGCCACCAGCCAGACAACGUGAAGGCUCUCUUCAGGAAGGGCAAGGUCCUGGCUCUGCAGGGGGAAUACUCUGAAGCUAUCGGGUUUCUGAAGAAGGCGCUGAAGCUGGAGCCUUCCAACAAGACCAUCCACGCAGAGCUGUCCAAGGUGAUGAAGAAGCUCCUGGAGCAGAGAGGUGUGGAGCAGGCCAUGUGCAAGAAGAUGCUGGGGAACCCGAGCGGGAGCAGCAGCAUCGGGCACGAGCAGAGAGCCAGGGCGUCCUGGAGCUUCAGCUGGAAGUGGCUGUUCGGCGCGGCAGCCGUAGCGAUCGGGGGCGUGGCCUUGUCCGUUGUCAUCGCGGCCCGGAACUGAAGAGUCCAGCGGCGUUGCGAAGGAGGGGGAGGAGUCUUGACACAGUGGGAGAACCGCGCCGCGCUCCAAUCACAGGGCAACAGCCAUCGCAGCGAUGAACACGCAGGGGCCCACAAAAUGCAA